AUGGCCACCCAUGAAAAGUCAUCGGGGGUUACCCCCUCGCGCCCUGACCCAGAAGUUGCGACCAUGGAUGUUAAGCCCGGGACGAUGAUCGAGCGAGAGCUGUUCGAUGAGCGCUACAAGCCCACCCAGCGUGGCCUCAAGAGUCGCCAUGUCCAGCUGAUGGCGCUAGGAGGCACAAUCGGCACCGGUCUCUUCGUCGGUUCAGGUCAAGCGCUACACAUCGGAGGCCCCCUGUCGCUGUUGCUAGGAUACAUCUUCAUCUCGGGGCUCGUCUACGCGCUCGUCACCGGCCUCGGUGAGGUCGGGGCCUAUCUCCCGACCCACGGCGCAACCAUGGCCCACCACUCCGUCCGCUACGUGUCACGCAGUCUGGGCUUCGCCAUGGGCUAUCUAUACUGGUACAGUCUGGGGAUCCUGGUACCCUACGAGAUCGUCGCCGCAUCGAUGGUCAUCGACUACUGGCACCCGGACGUCAACCUCGCCGUCUGGAUUACGAUCAUGCUGGUGGUGAUAGUCCUCUUGAACUUCCUGCCCGUGCGCUUCUACGGGGAGACGGAAUUCUGGUUCGCGGGCAUCAAGAUCAUCACGCUGGUCGGCCUCCUGCUGCUGGCCUUCAUCCUCUUCUGGGGCGGCGGGCCCAACCGCCAGCGCCUGGGGUUCCACUACUGGAAGGACCCCGGCGCGAUGAACACCUACCUCGUGCACGGGGACGCCGGCCGCUUCGUCGGCCUGCUGCAGUGCGUCGUCAAGUCGGCGAUCGCGUUCAUCUUCGCGCCGGAACUCAUCGUCAUCAGCGGCGGCGAGAUGGAGUCCCCGCGGCGCAACCUCCCCAAGGCCGCGCGCCGCUACAUCUACCGCCUGGUGAUCUUCUACAUCCUCGGCGCGCUCGCCAUCGGGGUGAUCUGCUCGUCCAACGCCCCGCAGCUGAUCAACGGCACCGGCACCGACGCCAGCUCGUCCCCCUGGGUGGUCGCGAUCUCCAACGCCGGCAUCCCCGUGCUGGACAGCAUCGUCAACGCCGCGAUCCUGACGUCGGCCUGGUCCGCCGGCAACUCGUUCCUGUACAUGUCCUCGCGCUCGCUGUACUCGCUCGCCGUCGCCGGCAACGCCCCGACCAUCUUCAAGACCUGCAACCGCUGGGGCGUCCCCUACCUCGCGGUCAGCGUCUCCGCCCUCUUCGCCCUGCUCGCCUACAUGGCCGUCGGCAGCGGCAGCUACACCGUCUUCAACUGGCUCAUCAACUUCACCAACACCUCCGGCUUCAUCUCCUGGAUCUGCUGCAGCAUCGUCUACUUCCGGUUCGACGCCGCCGUCAAGGCCCAGGGCGUCGAGAAGCCCUACGCCUCGCGCCUGCAACCCUACGGCAUGUGGGUCGGCCUCGUCGGCUCGGUGUUCCUGGCCCUCAUCAACGGCUUCACCUGCUUCUUUCCGUCCGAGUGGUCCGCCAGCAACUUCUUCACCGCGUAUAUCGGCAUCCCUGCGUUCGUGUUGUUGUACUUCGGCCAUCGUGUCGUCUUCCGUCGCGAUCCGUGGGCCUGGAAACCCACUGAAGUGGAUCUGGUGUCUGGGCUGCAGGAGAUUCUGGAGGCGGAGCGUCCGCCUCGGCCGAGGGAGACGUGGGCGCAGAAGUUACGGGUGUUGAUUGAGUGA